AGCGAACAGGUAGUAAGGCAUGAUUCCACAGUUGACACUGAGUAGAACAGAGGUAUAUGACCUCAAUAAUGCCAUGAAAUGGGCGCCGAACGGUACGCUGGUACUGAAUACUGUUUCUGAUUUGACGUUCUUACUGCCAAAGUAUACUAAAGAGGAUAUCAAGACUGCGGACAAGUUGUUUGAAAGGAAGUCUGUUACGCUGCAAAGCUUACCUGCGAACCCGUUCUUGAGCCAGAGUUUUGAUGAUGAACGGACUUCAACGUUACUGACAAGCCAGGAUGCCGUCAUUGAAAUCAUGGAAUGGUCUCCCAUGUUUCAAAACGUAUGCUAUUUGGCAGUGUUGACCAAUGAAGGUAGUGUUCUUGUCUUUAAAGAUGGCGAGAUCUUUGCAAACUUGACAACCACAAGGGAAUUCACCUCCCAAAAGGACUUCGACCGCUAUAGGUUUCACUCUCUGGGUUGGUUAUCUCACCAUGGUAGACUCCUUAUAAUCCAGGGCACCCAUUCUGGUGAUUUAAGGAUCAGCGAUGCCCUCACAGGUGAAGAAGUAGACGUUGUAUGUGUUUGUGAUUCACCAAUUGUGAUGGUCAAGACUUGUCAGAGUCAGAUAUUUGCAGUGUCAUCAUCGAAUGCUAUAUAUAAGAUCCACGGAUCUGAAGUUCAACAGAUUAAAGAUGCUUCAAGAUACCUUGUGUAUGAUAUGUGUCCACAUGAAACAUUCAUACUAUACACAGAACCUUUCAGAAUAACAAAACGUGAGUUCAUUAAGAGAAUAGCGCCUGUUAGCGUGAAGACUACAUUUGCCACACCAACUCGAAUAGUCCCUUCAAACAAGGACAUUCUUGUUGUGUCCAAUUCUGGAUCCGUUAAAAUUGAUUCAUCUUUCAAUCUCGUUGAGGAUAACAUCAUCGAACCAGUACUAUCCAAGAGACUCAAAGCAUGGAACAGGAAAUAUAAUGACUACAACACAAAGACUAUUACGUUGAAUAAGCUUGGAUUAGAUUUGAAUUACAAUGGUAACGUCUUAGCUGUUAUUUACGAAAUGAAGGAGGACAAGGUGUUCAAAUAUAAGAUUGCAUCUGAGAGAUCUUAUCCAAUUGUGUUCAUUCCACUUGGGAACAACUUAGGUGGUGACGGCUCAUCUUUGACCAAGUUUCACGAAUUCAAAAUCACUGGAUUCACAAGUGAGACAACAGCAACAACCACAGAUGUUGACUACAGUGUUGAUCUACCAUCUUUCAUAAGAGAUUAUGUAUUUCACGAUGGUGAGAUUACAGAGCUGGCAUCCCAAAACUUGAUAUACAACAAUAAGAAUUCUCAAAUAAGGAAACGUUAUGCUCGAUUAUUGGUAUCCUACAUUGAUAAGAACAAAUUGGAUAUCAAAAACACUAUUGACAGAGCAGUUGUGACUAGCUUAAGGUAUAUGGCACAGCUACCGAUUGACGAUGAAGUCGAUAAUGUUGCUAUCAACUCUGGUGCAUUUACUGAAACCUUCGACUUCAAGAAAGAACAGGACAGUGAUACUUUGGUUUCCCACUCAGACCACAUUUGGCAGCGUUGCUGCCUCACUUUUCUUCCUAUUUUGACACCACAUGUGUUAUACGAUCCGGCAACAGAGAGCAGAGCUAUAGAUAUAUCGAGAAACUCCGAUAACGAGUAUGGCUUCUUUACAGAGGCUUUACUACAAAAUACAGAGAUCUGCAUAUAUAGUGGCUGUGUCUUCAUACCUAAAUGAAAUUGC